UAUUUGUAAUUGGAUUUUAGUCAAGAGAUAAAAGACUAGUAUGAUGUCAAGAAUGAAAAGCGAAAUAAGUGCGGAAAAAGGCAUUUGUAAAACAACACUAACAACUGUUCAACAAAAAAAGAGCAAUAUGACCACUAAUGACUUAGAUCAAAGGAUUAAAUAUCCGUUAUGUGCGGAUGACAGAUUCAACGACACAAGCCCUUCUUCCUCAUCUUGAUGUGAUGGAUAAGCUUGGUUUGGAAUAUUGGUUCAAUGACAUGAACCUGAACCCCUACAUGGAAGAUAUAUCCAGGAAAAUAAUGGAUCGGCAAAACAAAAUACAGGUUGAUAUAAAUGCACCACUGGAUGAGAAUGCUACACACGGGUUAGCUCGGUGUCUUUCUAAUGUGAGUGACUUAACAAUAAUUGAGGAGGAACUUUCUUUAAAAAAUCGUAUCAUCUUACAUGAAGCUGUUGACCGACUAACAAACCCACAAGGUUUGACAGUGAAUCGCAUCAAUGGUGUUCGAUGGUCAAAGUAUUGGGGAUUGGAUGAAGAUCAACCAGAUGAUGAUGUAAUGCAAAUCUUACAACUUCCACCUGGAAAAGUAAGAACCAUGAAAAUAUUCAGUUAGAUUAUCAAACAUGUGUUUAUCAUCAAAUAAAGGUAGAACAAUCAG